AUGGCGGAUAUGUCUCUUGAUCCAAUUAUGGAGAAGCUCAUCAGCGCUGGCUUGCGUUACCUGAAAGAUCAAGUCACAUGGAAGAAACGCACGAAGGAGGACCUGGAAAAGCUGAAAGAGAUUCUCCCCCAGAUCCAAGCUGUCGUCCGCUUUGCUUCUAGCCAAGAGCAGAUCACAGAAGGCUAUCCGGAUCUUAACAAAUGGCUAUGGCAGCUACGAGAUGCCAUUGAUGAUGCAGAUGACGUGUUGGACGAGCUGGAGUACAUGGAACUGGAAAAACAGGUGACCAAAAACAAGAAGCUGAGAAGGGUGCGUUCCAUCAUGAAAUCCAUGAAGAAAAGACUUGUCAAAAUUAUCAAACGUGCUCUGAAAAUAGAUCCCAACUUGAAGCGACUGGAUGAGGCUGUGCAGAAACUUUAUAGAGUUUCAACUAAUGUUGCUUCUUUCCUUACUCUUGUAAAAGACGCAAAUCAGGAGCAGCAGCUUGAGCAGUACAGAGCGCGUGAAACGGGAUCCUCGCCUAAAAAUGAUCUCAUCGGUCGAGGCAAGGAGAAGGAGCUUGUUAUGAAGUGGCUGAGGAAUCCAUCAAAUGAGCCUCGGGAAACUGAUUUGUACAGAAACAUUUCUCUUCUAUUUAUAGUGGGCCAUGGUGGUAUGGGGAAGACAACUCUAUUGCAACAUGUUUAUAAAGAUGAAAUUACAAAAGAAUUUGAUCUUAAAAUGUGGGUUUGUGUUUCCAACAACUUUGAUGUGAAAAAAGUCAUUGCAGAUAUGUUGGAAUCUCUUAAGAAUGAGAGGCCUCGUUUGGAGACACUUGUGGGACUUCAAAGGCGUGUCGAGGAGGAGGUGAUGUCCAAAAAGUUCUUACUUGCGCUGGAUGAUAUUUGGGAGGAGGAUGAGGAGAACCGCGAUAUCAGCAAAUGGGAGGAUGUGCUCGCUCCUCUAGCUUCUGGGGGUUUUGGUAGUAAGAUUCUGGUAACAACUCGAACGGAGUCAGUUGCACUGAUGUUUGCAAAGGUAAUUAAAAAGAAAAAUGAAAUAUUUAAAUUGGAGGGCCUAGAGGAAGAUGAGUGUUUGAAGCUCCUCAACUCUCAUGCAUUUGCUGGUGUAAAGAACCCCUCUGAUGAUGAUCAUAAAAAAUUAAGAGCCAUUGCUGGAGAGAUAGUUAAAAAGCUUUUAGGAUCCCCAUUGGCAGCUAAAGUCAUUGGUGGUGUUCUGAAUGACAACUUGAAUGAAAGGCAUUGGAUGACAGUUCUAGAAAGCAAUUUAUUGGAUCAGAAUUCUAUCCAUUCCAUCUUAAGACUGAGCUAUAUAGUUCUGUCAAAUCAUCUACAAAAUUGUUUUGCAGUUUGUUGUAUGUUCCCACAAGAUCAUGAGUAUGAUAAAGAUGAUUUAGUCCGAAUGUGGAUUGCAUUGGGUUUCAUUCAGCCGACUCAAGGAAUGACUAUGGAGGAUAUCGGAGGAAGGUAUUUUGAUGUUUUAGUCAAAAAAGCUUUAUUUGAUAAGGAUGGAGAUGACUACAAGAUGCAUGAUUUAAUACAUGAGUCGGCAUCUAGAUUUUUUGCACAGGUAUGCGGCAAACUUGUGGAUGAUGAAGAGUGAUCUUUCAAAAUUCCUGAGACUCUUCGACACUUGUCUGUUCAAACUACAAAUCCAAACAUCUUUAAAAAGAUUGAGAAGUUUAAACA